GGCUUAAAUAGCAUGAGUUCUUUUUAAAAAAAAUAAAAUAUGUAGGAUUUUUUUUUAAUUGCCUUCUGGUUUGUGAGACUUUUGGAUGUACUUGCUUCACCUUUUCAAGAUUUGUCCCUACAGAAUCUCUAUCAAGCAUUCUUAAAACUACAAUACCCACCUGGUGAAGUGAAGAAACAGAUUGACUGACCUCACACUUGCACAAUGCCUGGUCCCUGUCUAGGCUCUGCUUCUGGAACAGGAGGUACCAUGGUUCAGUGAAUAAGGCACUAAACUAUAAAUCAAAGGAAUGAGAUUCUGUACUCAGCUCAGCCAGUGAUCCACUGUGUGACUUCAGAUACUUUUGGGCGGUCUCACACUCUGCAGAAUGACUCUACCUGUGGGGUUUGGGUGUCUCAGACUCCAGAUGGUUCCAGGAAAGUUGAUGCUGCCUAUGAUGGCUGUUACAUCUAUGAAUGGAAUGGCAAUUACCUGAUGGUGGUUGGGGUUGAAGGGACAGAUGCAGAUGGGCACAGGCACUUCCGUGAAAAGGUGCUCAGAUGCCACACUGCCCAGCCAGCCUUGGAUGUUCCAAGCCCCAGUGUCUGUGCUGCCAUCCAGAGCCAGGAUAGACUGUCAUGCAUGCCUCUGCCUAUCACACGGGCAGACUGUGAAGAACAAGGCUGCUGCUAUGAUCUCACUGAUGGGUUGAAGCCUUGUUAUUAUGGCAACACAGUGACAGCACAGUGCACUCCAGAUGGCCAGUUCUCCAUUGUGGUUUCUCGGGAUGUGACUCUACCACCCCUGAUCCUGGACUCGGUGCAUCUGGUCAGUGGGAGCAGUGCUGGCUGUGUCCCUGUGGUGAAGAACAAUGCUUUUGUCCUGUUCCAGUUUCCACUCUCUGCCUGUGGCACCACUUUUCAGAUGGAAGGGGCCAUGGGUGUGUAUGAAAAUGAACUGGUGGCAGACCAGGAUGUGAGAACCUGGAGUCUGGGAUCAAUCACCCGGGACAGCACCUUCAGGCUGCAUGUCCGCUGUACCUACUCUGCCAGUGGUAACUUCCUUCCUCUGAGCAUCCAAGUCUUCACCCUGCCACCACCCCCUGCUGUGUCCCAGCCUGGCCCCCUCACCCUGGAGCUGCGCAUUGCCACAGAGCAGGGUUAUGGAUCCUACUAUGCAGACAGAGACUACCCUGUGGUGAAGGUCCUGCGUGACCCCAUCUAUGUGGAGAUCCAGAUCCUGCAGAGAACUGACCCAAACUUGGUUCUGGUUCUCCACCAGUGCUGGACCACUCCCAGUACCAAUCCUCAGCAGCAGCCACAGUGGCCAAUCUUAGUGGAUGGGUGCCCAUACACAGGAGACAACUACCAAACCCAGCUGGUGCCUGUGGGAGCUGCCACAGGGCUGCAGUUCCCAUCUCACUACCAGCGCUUCAUCAUCCACACCUUCACCUUUGUGGACUCUGCUUCCCAACAGACACUUACAGGCCCAGUGUACCUACACUGCAGUGCCUCAGUGUGCCAGCCCUCCCUGCUAGCAUCCUGCACCACCACCUGCCCUGCUGCAGCCAGGGGCAGAAGGAGCACAGAGCAGCACCUUCAGGAUGGCCUUUCCCACAUCACCAGCAGGGGACCUGUUAUUCUCCUCCAGGACAGGCCAAAGAAAGAAGCUGCUAUGGACAGAUUGGGCUUGCCUCUGAACACUAAAUCAUCCUGGAUGCUAGCCUGGGCCAGUGGAACACUUCUUCUGGGGGCUCUGUUCAUGUCACUCUUGGCUGCUGCAUGGUGGAGAUGGAGAAAUGCAGCUUGUAAAACUAGUAUCUCUCAAUAA